AUCUUCUCCCAAAUGCUUAAUUUUUUUGUGAUAUGCGUUACUUUACUAAAAUAACUCUGAAAAGAGGGUAAUAGACCAUGUCUCAUUGAAGCGUUUUUGGAGCUAGUAUUGGAUAAAAAUGUCUUGUUUUGAAUUGAGGGCACUGUAUCUCUGGUGUGUGUGUGUGUGUGUGUGUGUGUGUGUGUGUGUGUGUCAUCAUGAUACACUUUAAAUCUUUUACAGUGACAACAGAUCAUCAUCUCUCUAUAUAUGGCAACAAAUGUUGACAUUUCUCAAAAUGUACAUUUUAAUUAUACAUUGUCAUUUUUAGAGUGGUGCAUUCCGCAGCAGCAUAUGGCCUACCUGUAAACGUGUGGAUCUUAAAAAAAAAAAAAAAAAAAACAACUUUUGGCAUAUAUAUGAUCAUUAUAAUAAUAGUAUAUCACAGUUUUUUUUUUUUUUUUUUUUUAAGAACCACUUUUUUACAAGAAUUUUGUCAUAUAUCUAUAUAUAAAAGCUGGGUGUAGGAAUACUAAAGAGGUGUGGGCACAACUCCAAAAAAUGGAUGAGGUACAGGUGGUGGAAUGAGAUUGAGGUCUGCAACCCGACCCGGGCGUGUUUCGGGCUGGGUUAGGGUCAGUUUUUCAAGUAGGACUUCGGAUUCAGGUCGGGUUCGGGCUUGUAAUUAAUGAAAAAAUAAACAGGCUUACCUAACUUGUUUCGCGCGCGCGCUCUCACUCACAGACACGCGUGAACGGACGAGAUGGGGGCCGUUCACACCGAAUGUGUAUUGCUCGCGUCUGUUCUGUUUUCCCAUUGUUUAAACACAUGUUGGACGGUAUCGUUCGGUCUCUGGUACGGGUCUGGUUCUAGAAUGAGGUCCCGGGUCACUAAAGACCUGAGGAAUGUGUUUAAGGGUUAAUGAUGUUACAAGAAGUUUCGAUCGCUGCUUGUUAUACCUUAUAUACCUUCCAGUGUAAUGCAGUUGGCAAAAAUGAAAGUUAAUAAGGAGAAUUCUUUGAAAAGACAUUAAUAUAAUAUAUGAUAGGUAAUAUAUGAGAAAAUGUCAAAUGAAGAGAUGUUUCUAUCUAAUCAAGCAUUUACUCAACACAUUUAGCCAUAAGAGGGUCUUUCUUAUAACAACAAGGACCCCUAGUGGUGGACAUUUGCCAUGACUACUGAAUAUGAGGACAUUAUUAAAGGAUAUUUCACCUCUAAAAUGAAAAUUCUGUCAUUAUUUACUCACCCUCGUGUUGUUUCAAACCUGCAUGAAGUUCUCUCUUCUGUUCAUCACAAAAGGAGAUGCCAGGCAGAAUGUUAGUUUCAGUCACUAUUCACUUUGAUUACAUCUUUUUUUCCGUACAAUGAAAGUGAAUGGUGACUUAGGCUCUCUUUCUGCCUAAAAUAUCCUUUUGUGUUCCAUGCAAGAAAGAAUGUCAAACAUGAGGGUGAGUAAAUGAACUCUCAUUUUUAUGUGAAUUAUCCGUUUAAGACUAAUCAUAAACUAAUGUCACUGAACAAUGCCAUGUCACACAGUAUCUCAAUACAUAUAUUCCUAACAGGAUUCAUUGUCUCAAACAUAAAAUCUGUUCUGAAGCGUGUAUGACAAUGCUUUAGCUUUCAAAUAAAUUCUUCCCUCAAAGACUUCAUCAAUUAGAAUGGAUUUAAAAGGCGUCUUUAGGAGAAUUAAUAUGCAUUAAAUAAGGUUUUGCACUUUUUGUUCUCUCUUUUGUAUAAGGGUGAAAAUGUAAAUACAAUAUGCUAUUAAAAUUGAAAACUUGAAGACUACAUUUCCCAGAAUGCUAUAGUAUUGUCAACAGGAAGUUACAGUAACUUAAAAAAAAUCUUUGUAUAAUUGCUCAGUGUCAUAUUGUCUAACCCCCUGAUAGUUACAGUUUGACUGAGAAGAGAGACACCACUUCAUGAUGAAGCUGCUUUGUGGUUUUACAUUGUUAUUUGCAAUUGUUGUUGCCUAUUACAUCUACAUCCCAUUGCCCAGGACAAUUUCAGAACCAUGGAAACUGAUGGUGUUGGAUGCAACAUUUCGGGGGGUUGUAUGGUUGGGCGAUGUUUCUCACUCACUGGGUCUGAGCCAUAGUGCCCGUGUUAUCAACUCUGCUAUAACCGGUUUUGAGAGUCUGGUGCCUGUGACAAACAAAGAAAUCCAGGUUGAAGAUACCCUGUUUGAUGGGGUCCAUGUGCGUGUAUAUCAUCCUCCAGGAAAAGAAGGCAAACUGAGGAGGGCAGUAGUGUUCAUCCAUGGAGGUGGAUGGGCCCUGGGUGCACCAAAGUUGGGGUCAUAUGACUGUCUUUGCAGACAAAUGGCAGCUGAUCUGGAUGCAGUGGUUGUAACAGUCGACUAUCGCAUGGCUCCUGAUGUGCACUUCCCAGUGCAGUAUGAGGACUGUGUGCAGGCUACUAAGCACUUCCUGAGGCCAGAAGUGCUGGCGCAAUACUUUGUGGAUACAGAGCGAAUAGCAGUGUGUGGAGACAGUGCUGGAGGGAACCUGGCUGCUGCUGUGGCUCAACAAAUUGGAAAAGAUGGCAACACCUCGGUGAAAUUCAAACUUCAAGUCUUGAUCUACCCUGUGCUUCAAGCAUUAGACUUCAACACAGCUUCCUAUCAGCAGAACCAGAAUGUUCCCAUCUUGUAUCGCACACUAAUGGCUCGUUUCUGGUUGGAGUACCUAGGUGCCAACCCUGACCUUAUUCAUUCCAUUCUGAUUAACAACCACACGGCCCAAGACCAGAGGCACUUGUCCUUGAACCUUUCAAAACUUGACUGGACCACUCUCCUGCCUAAACGAAUGAUAAAGCAUUACAAGCCUGUUUUCCCUGUUACUGGGUCACCCAGUAUCUUGAAGGAGGUACCAGCAUUACUGGAUGCCAGAGCCGCACCAUUACUUGCGAAAGAGGAGGUUUUGCAUAUGGCACCACGUGCUUAUAUUCUGACUGGUGAGCAUGAUGUUUUGAGGGAUGAUGGGAUCAUGUAUGCCCGGAGGUUGGAGUUGGCAGGGGUCUCUGUUACAAAUGACCAUUAUGAAGAUGGUUUCCAUGGCUGUGUGAGCUUCGCAUUCUGGCCCUUAAAAUUCUCUGUCGGAAUACGGGCAGUGAAGAAUUAUAUAGCUUGGCUUGAUGACAAUUUGUAAUUCUUUGACCUACAUGUUAUUUGUUACAAGUAUGCAAAAAAAGCACACGUUACUAGCUAAUACUAGCACUAAUUUGCCCAUUAAGUCAAGUCAUUUGAACAAGAAUGAGGAUUUGUUGUUUAUAUAUGGUAGAUGGAGUAAAGUGGUUAAAAGGCUGGUGCUAAUGAAUUAAAGUAAUUCAUGUUCUGCCAUUAUUUUAAAGAAACUAUAUUACUGCUUUUAGAUAAUGGUUUACACAUUUAAUUGUAUUACCAAUGUACUAAGAAUCAAAUACCAAAGGAAUUCCUCUUCAAACUUUUGUUCUUGCUACAGUGAAAGUUCACCCCAAAAGGAAAAUUCUGUCAACAUGUUUUUCCAAACCUGUAUGACUUUCUUUCUUCUAGGAAACACAGAAGGAGAUGUAAGGCAGAAUGUUUAGUCUCAGUCACCAUUCACUUUCAUUGUUUGGAAAAAAAGAUGCAAUUAAAGUUAAUGGUGACUGAGGCAAACAUUCUGCCUAACAUCUCCUUUUGUUUGUUCCACGAAGAAAGUCAUACGGGUUUGGAACAAUGUAAACGAUGACAUAAUUUUCAUUUGUGAAUAAACUGUUUAAUCUAGGCAAGUACAGUAUGUGCACAUGUAAGCCACACUUUAUUCAUUGUCAAUUUACUGACUGGUUAAAUUAUCAUUACUACUAAUACUGUUAUUAACAACAACAACAAAAAAGUCCUAUCUCACCAUGCAUUCCAUAACAUUUAUGAUAGACUUCCAGUUUACUUCAAAGAUCUGAAAUGGAGGCAGAGGUUAUCUCAUGAGUCAUGCUUACUGCGAAAUAUGAGUCAAUAAUGGAGGAGUACCUAUUGGUGCUAUUGGAUAAAAGUGUUUUGGAAGUGAACAUAAAUACUGAAGCGCUAAACCAUUUUGGAUGGCUUCCUAAAGUCUUCCUAACACCUACACGCUGGGCUUCAGGACAUGACAUGAUCUUAAAAAGUGAUAUUUUUAGUCAUUUAUCGAGAUCCUGUAUCAAAGAACAAAUUCAAAAUUUGAAUAUCAAAGAAGAAUUAUGUCUUUUAAAAUUGACAAAAGUGCCACAGUUCUGCCCUCUGGCUGGAAAGUAUUCAGUACCCUCUGAAGCUAGGCUUAUUAUUGGUCCUAUAAUAUAAACAUAGUCAAACAAUUUUAAUGCAUAUGACAUGAUACCAAAUACAUGAGACACACACAUUUUUGAAAAACAAGAAAUAAAAAACUAUAAUUUA